CGGUGGCAUUCUUCGCAAGCAUGGCUGCCAUUGGGGUGCACUUUGGUUACACAUGUGCCUGUGUUGCCGUUUUCAAGGAUGGGCGAGCAGAUGUUGUUGCCAAUGAUGCAGGCGACAGAGUCACACCCGCUGUGGUGGCAUACAGGGACACUGAACAGAUUGUAGGAAUUGCAGCUAAGCAGGGGAGAAUACGAAAUGCUGCCAAUACAGUUGUGAAAGUGAAGCAGAUUUUGGGCAGAAGCUAUGAUGACCCAGAUGCUCAGACACACAGAGAAGAAAGCAAAUGCAUUGUUGUCAAUAAACGCGACCUGCCCAGGUAUGAAAUCGAUGCGGGAGAGACAACCAAGUAUGUGUCACCUGAAGAUGUAGCUAAACUGAUCUUUCAUAAAAUGAAAGAGACGGCCCAGUCAGCCUUAGGUUCAGAUGUGAAAGAUGCAGUCAUAACAGUGCCUUUUGAGUUUGGAGAGAUGCAGAAGAAUGCACUCCGGCAAGCUGCCGAAGGUUCCGGGUUCAAUGUUCUUAGGCUGAUACAUGAGCCCUCUGCUGCUCUUCUAGCCUAUGGCAUUGGACAGGACUCCGCAUUAGGAAAAAGUCAUGUCCUGGUGUACAAACUUGGAGGCACAUCGCUCAGCGUCACUAUCCUGGAGGUGAACAGUGGAAUGUACCGUGUCCUCGCGACACAGACGGAUCACAGUACGGGAGGAGAGAGCUUCACACAUGAGCUGGCAAAGUACCUCGCAGGAGAGUUCAAAAAGACAUUUAAGCAGGAUGUGACCAGUAACCCCAGAGCAAUGCUAAAGCUCAUGAAUAGUGCUGAUAUGGCCAAACACACACUCUCCACCCUGGGCAGUGCCAACUGCUUUGUGGACUCGCUCUUUGACGGCAUGGAUUUUGAGUGCAAUGUAUCCAGAGCCCGCUUUGAGCUGAUAUGCUCUAGCCUCUUUACUAAGAGCAUUCAGCCAAUUAAAAGUCUCCUUGAACAAAUAAACCUCUCCACCUCAGAUGUCAACAAGGUGGUUUUGUGUGGAGGGUCGGCCCGUAUACCUAAGCUGCAACAGAUGAUCAGGGACUUAUUCCAAGACGUAGAGCUGUUAAACUCCAUCCCCCCAGAUGAGGUGAUUCCGGUGGGUGCUGCCAUACAGGCGGGCAUCCUGGUGGGAAAAGACAGCCUGGCACUUGGAGAAGAUUCCAUCACUAUAGACUGCUGUGCCAGUGACAUCACCGUUAAGGAGGUGGAUGACUCCGGAGUGGAGGUUUUCACAGUUUUGUUUCCAUCUGGCACACCUCUCCCUGCCCGCCGCCAACACGCACUACAGGGCCCUGGCAGCCUGUCGUCAGUUUGUCUGGAGCUGUACCAGGCACAGCAAGCAAUCGCACAGGUUGUGCUUAAAGACCUGGAACCUAAAGAUGAGAUGCAUGACAUUGUUACGGUGCUAACAAUGAAAAGAGAUGGCUCACUGCAUGUUACUUGCACAGAGCAGGGCAGUGGCAGAUCUGAGGCUAUUACCAUAGAAACAGCUGCGGCGGCAUCUUAACUUUGAAUCAUGUUGUCAACAGAAUUCCAUACUGUAACCUAAACACCUGCAAAUGAUGAUGUUUGAGGGUUUCUGGUUUUGUUUGUGCUAGAUCUCUCUAAAUUGUUUCAAGCAAACAUGUUUUCACACUAUAUGAUGUUAAAUUCCUGUUUUCGGUUAUAAUACAGUUUUAAUUAUAUACUUUUUGUAUUUUUUUUUGAAGGAUUUAAAGGAAUUGUUCACCAGCAAAAUUAUUAUGAUUUUUUUAAGUUGUUGAGAGAGAAGAGAGAACAGGUGUUUGUGUUGUACAUGUCUACAGAAUGUGUGGCUUACUGAUACUAUCACCUCAUGUUUGGUGUGGUCUUAUCUGGUGCACAUAAUGAACUUGUAGAGUCAGCAGGUGCAAAUUUAUCAUAUGUUUUGAAGCUGUUUGCCUUUUUGUCAUCUGAAACUAGCACACAAUUAAAGGUCAUAGAACACAAUGCACCCUG